AUGAGACAAUAUUUAUUCAAAGCAAUCAAAGAAUUCCAAGAGAAAACAUCUAUUAAAUUUGUAUAAAAACAAGAUUUUAAAAAACACAAUCAAUAUGUAAAAUAUACAAAAAGCAGUAAUGGAAGAAGCUUUGUAUUCAAACUUGGUCGAUAGAUAUAAGAAAAAGAGCACGUUGUACACAUAGAAGAGAAUAGCGAUUAUGGAACAUAUCUUCAUGAAACUAUGCAUGUUUUAGGUUUUGAUCAUACAUAAUGCAGGAUAGAUAGAGAUUUAUACCUCUCAUUUUAAUAGUCACAAUUGGAUCCUGAAGAUAUGAAUUAAUACUAGAUUAGAGAAAUGGGAUAUAUGAUUGGUGAGUAUGAUUUUGAUUCUACAAUGCAUUACGGCUAAAGUGAAUACAUGACUCUUAAAGCUGAAUAUUAGCAUAAAAAUAUUGGAUUUCGUCAACAAUUAAGUGAUGGAGAUAUAAAAGGCAUUGAAUUUAUUUAUGGAAAUAGUUAAUGUACAUAUGAUGUAAGCAGCAAUAAUAAAUAUGAAUAAAUUUAUUAUGAAUGCAUCACAUGUUGGGGAAAGAACUCAAUAUUUGGAGCUUGCAGGAUUUGUGCCCUUAUAUGUCAUAAAGACCAUUAAAUAAUAAAAAAAUCGGGAUCAUUUAGUUGUCAUUGUGGUAAGUAAGAUCAUCGUGUAUAAUUAUGUACAAGAGAAUCUGCAGGUUAACAAAGGGUAUAGUAACCUAUGUAUUUAUGUCUUGAUUGCUUCGAUAUUAAGAAAUAUUAGUAAAAUCAUGAUGGUGCUACUCCAGGAGUUUGCCAUGCUUGUGCAAUAAAGUGUCACAAACUACAUAACCUAUAAUUUUAUGGAGUUGCCACAGAUUUUUAUUGUGAUUGUGGUUUAACCGCUAGCGAAACCGAUUGCAGAGCAAAAUGA